UCUGAGUACAGGAAGGGUUCUGGUACAGGCAGGGCUGGUGCAGGCAGGGCUCGGGGCAGCCCCUAUCCCCACGUGACGCCCGCGCCGCGCGGGGGCGGCUCCGGUUCAUUCAUAAAUCCCGGGGCCACCCCGCACCGAGCGCAGCGGCGGCGAUGGAGCCCCGGUCCCGGCUGUAGGACGCACUCGGGCUGGGACGGACCAUGAGCGAUGAGCCGACACCGUGGGACAACGCGACCGAGAGCGCGACGGCGGUGCCCGGUGAGGUGUCCCCCCAGGAUGGGUACGUGCUGCUCCUUGCCCUGCUCUCCAUCUUCAUCGGCGGCACCCUGGUCCUGCUCUCCAGCAUCCUGAUCAUUUGCCGCCGGUGCUGCGAGGCUGACCGCCGGCACUCCAGAGCCAGCGAUGACCCCGAGAAAACCAACACCACCUACCUGGAGGACUCGCAGCCGGCCCAGGAUAUCACCAUCAAAGUGGAGGACCCCGACUGCCUGUCGUCCUCCAGCUACCGGGAUGCGGAGAGCGAGCGGUUCCUGUCCUCCAGCUCCUCCACCGCCCGCCGCGUGUCCUUCAACGAGGCCGCGCUCUUCGAGCAGGGCAAGAAGACCCAGGAGAAGGGGAGGAGGUACACGCUGACGGAGGGGGACUUCCACCACCUGAAGAACGCCCGCCUGACCCACCUGCACCUCCCGCCGCCCGCCCUCAAGAUCGUCACCAUCCACGAGUGCGAGUCCAGCGAGAACAGCCUGGCCAUGACCCCGCGCCUGCCGCCCGCCAAGCCCGGCCUCGCCAUCUUCCAGCCCCCCGCGGGGGCCCUGCCGCAGCCGGUGCUCCCCAGCCACGCCGUGUGCCCCAGCUCGGCCCUGCCCGGGGACACCUACAACUCCAGCGCCGACACCAGCUUCACCCAGGCCAGCCCGGCCGCCUCCUCCGACUCCGGGGAGGGCCCCUCGUUGGCAGCAGCACCCAGGAGUGGGAAGGCGGCUGGACCGGGCAGCGCCAGCCCCGGGGAGCCCCCCCCGGCCCCCGCUCAGGGCACGGUGCUGCAGUUCUUCACCCGCCUGCGCCGUCACGCCAGCCUGGACGGGGCCAGCCCCUACUUCAAGAUCAAGAAGUGGAAGCUGGAGAGCACCCAGCGGGCGUCCAGCCUGGACACCAGAGGGUCUCCCAAGCGGCGGCAGUUCCAACGGCAGCGGGCGGCCAGCGAGAGCAUGGACCAGGAGGACCGGGACCCCCACCAGACCGACAUCAUCCAGUACAUCGCCCGCACGGACGAUGUGGCCUUUCACCCCGCGGGGGGGCCCUUCCUGCCCUCCCCCGCCAGCCCCCCACCCUCUCUCGGCAGGUUAGAGCCGGGCGAGGGCAGCCCCGGCGAGGCCGGGGUCCCCGAGCCCCCCAGCGCCUACCACGACAUCUGGAGCCUCCGCGCCUCGCUGGAGCUCUACGCCUCCUCCGAGCGCAGCAACGACCAGGACUCGGUGCGCAGCGACGGCGGCGACAGCGUCUCCUCGGCCGGCGGCUUCCCCCCCUGCCCCUCUUCAUCCCUGGACGAGGCCGAAGGCCCCGAGGAGAAGCUCUGGGGUCGGCCCAAGUCGGAGGAGUCGGAGCCCGGCACACGCAAGCUGCUGCAGAUGGACAGCGGCUACGCCUCCAUUGAGGCGCCCAGCCGGGGGGGCGAGGAGGGGCCCCCCAAGGACCAGACGGCCUCUGAGAAGCGCAUUUGCUUCACCAGCGCGGGGCGGAAAGGCACCAUCUUCGAGAGCUUCGAGGGCCGGGAACCGGAGGAGGAGGAAGAGGAAGAGGAGGAGGAAGAGGAGGAGGAGGAGGAGGAAGGCAGCACGGUCCGGGGUGCGGCUGGGGGGGGUCUCCCCCGUCCCCACAGCCCCCUGGCCUGGUCCCCGUACGGGCAGAUGUUCCCGGGGCGGGAGGCGCUGCCCCGGCGGGACUACAGCAUCGACGAGAAGACGGACGCGUUGUUCAACGCCUUCGUGCGCCACGACCCCCAGUUCGACGAGUCCCCGCUGCGGGGCAAGCACCGCUCCCGCACUCACCUGCGCAAGCAGUGGCAGCACACGAAGCAGUACAGCGACCCCGGCGUGCGUUACCCGGCCCUGGAGCGGCACCGCACCCCGCUGCGCCGCGGAGACAGCGCCAACUACCCCCUGGACAGCCGCUUCCACAGCCCCCUGCCCCGCAUCGUCAGCGCCGGCGACGAGGAGGCGGCGGAGGCGGCCGACGGGGUCCCCCCCGACGCCGAGAUCCAGGUGAUCGUGGAGGAGGAGCCCGGAGAGGCCGUGCCCGAGCCCAAAGGUGGCCCCGAGCCCCCCGGGGAUUGCCCCGGCCCCGGGAGGUGCCUGGGGCUGGGCUCCGGCUCGGAGCUGAUGAUGGACAAGAUCACGGGCGGCAUCGAGGAGCGGCUCUACGGGCACUUGAGGAAGGCGGGGGGCAGCCCCGAGCACACGGUGGCCGUGGCGGCCAGCGACGCCCCCCCCGACCACAGCCCUGUCUAAGGCUCAAAGCGAGGGGGAAGAGACCCCGGCACAGGGGUUCGGGGCUCCAUCCCCUCC